UCCCACAGGCCUGCGCCUGCGCGAGGGCUAGGGCGGCGAGUCGUACCUGAUGGUUGGAGGUAGUUACCUCCGCUUCUCUUCCGCUGGCGGGAGAGUUAGAUAGCCUCUCAAGAAAACACCAUGAAAGAUACUGAUAUCAAGAGACUACUGUACACCCAUCUUUUAUGCAUAUUUUCAAUUAUCCUAAGCAUCUUCAUUCCAUCAUUCUUCUUGGAGAACUUCUCAAUAUUGGAAACACACUUGACAUGGUUGUGCAUCUGUUCUGUUUUUGUAACUGCCGUCAAUCUAGUAUUAUAUUUAGUAGUGAAACCAAAUGCAUCCUCUAAAAGAAGUUCAUUAUCAUACAAGGUAGCGAGGUUUUUGAAAUGCUGUAUCUACUUUCUUAUGUCAUGUUUCUUCUUUCAUGUCAUUUUUGUUCUAUAUGGAGCACCACUCAUAGAGUUGGUGUUGGAAACAUUUUUAUUUGCAGUUACUUUGUCAACCUUUACUACUGUACCUUGUUUGUGUUUGUUAGGGCCAAACAUCAAAGCAUGGCUAAGAGUUUUCAGUAGAAAUGGAGUUACAUCCAUUUGGGAGAACAGUCUUCAGAUCACUACAAUUUCUAGCUUUAUAGGAACAUGGCUUGGAGCCUUUCCUAUUCCACUCGAUUGGGAGAGACCAUGGCAGGUAUGGCCCAUCUCCUGUACACUUGGAGCGACCUUUGGCUACGUGGCUGGCCUUGUGAUUUCACCACUCUGGAUAUACUGGAAUAGAAAGCAACUUACAUACAAGAACAAUUAAUUGGAGCAAAGGGAGAAGAUAUUUCUUUGUGCAGAUUCCAUAAAGACUGUGCAGAAAUGUUUAUGGUCUAAGCCAGGCAGUUCCAUUUACAGCACUGUUUUUUUAUGUAGUUACAACAUGGUGUGAUUGUAGCUUUUUAAACUAUGAAACCCCUGAGAGAUUGUACCUUCUAGUUGAAAUAAAGUAUUUAUAAUAGA